GCGCGCUCCCGGCCGUGUUUGUUGUUGUGGUCGCACAGAGCCCGCCCUCGCCCCCGGCAGCCAAUCAGCGCUGGGGGAGCGAUGAUUGACAAGUGGGACGGCCAAUAAUAUCGCGCGGAGCACACGGGGCUGUCCCCCUCCGCUCCGCCAUGUUAGGGCCGUCGGGGCGGCUGCGGGGACCCUGCGCGGGUGCGGGGCAGCGCGGCAUGGAGCCGCAGGUCACCCUCCGUGUCACCUGCCGGGGGGACACCCUCAGCUUCCUGGUGUCGGACUCGGUGCACACGACGUGGGCGGAUGUGGAGGCCAUGGUGAAAGUUUCAUUUGACCUGGACAACAUUCAGAUCAAAUACAUUGAUGAGGAUAAUGAUGAGGUCUCUGUGAAUAGCAGAGAGGAAUAUGAAGAAGCUCUGAAGAUUGCAGUUAAACAAGGAAAUCAGCUUCAGAUGAAUGUGUAUGAAGAAAACUCUGCUCUGAAAGAAACUUCAUCCCUUCCUUCUGUGCAACCUCAUGAAAAAAACAUGACAGAAAAGUUGGCACUUAAAGAGGAGAAGAAACUUUCCUCUCAUUCCAUUCAAGCUCAAGGGUCAGAAGAAGACUUAAAAACUGACAAGGAGCAGGAAAUUCAGCAAAAGUUAAAUCACACCAGAACAGGAAGAACAAAUGAAAAUCCUCCAGAAUGGUUCACAAGCUACUUGGAAACAUUCAGGGAACAAGUAGUUAAAGAAACUGUUGAGAAGCUGGAACAGAAGCUAUAUGAGAAGCUUGUUCAUCACAAUCUGCCUCCAGAUUUUUCUGACAGCUCUGUUACAGCUGCACCUUCAGCUUCAGAGGCUCAACCAGGAAAUGACAAGCAGUGUGAUUGGCUGAUCUCCUGCUGCAACUGCCAGGCCCAGAUUGUUGGGGUUCGCUACCAGUGCAGCCUUUGUCCAGCCUACAAUAUUUGUGAGCAGUGUGAAGCAGGGACAUAUGCUCAUGAUCCUAAUCAUGUCCUGCUAAAGCUGAGGAGACCUGUGCUGUGUGUUCCUGAGAACUGCAGCCUUGCAGAGUUUUCCCCUCGCCUGCCUGCUACACUGGAGCAAGUGAGGCUCCAGAAACAGAUGGACAAAAGAUUUCUGAAGGCAGAAAAGCAAAGAUUACGAGCAGAGAAGAAACAGAGAAAGGCAGAGGUCCGAGAGCUCAAAAAGCAGCUGAAAUUGCACAGGAAAAUACAUCUGUGGAACUCUGUCCAUGUGUUGGAAACCAGUGGGUCAACUACUCAGAAAUCUGAUAGUCUGCAACCUAGUACCUUCCUCUCCAGGAGUCCCAGUCAACCCUUCCAGACAAUUGUCCCAAUGCUAAGUGCAGUAUUUGUGGAUGAGAAUUUGCCAGAUGGGACCCACUUGCAGCCAGGAACAAAGUUCAUCAAACACUGGCGGAUGAAGAAUACUGGAAAUGUGGAAUGGGGCUCAGACACAAAGCUGAAACUUAUGUGGGGAAAUCUGACCUUGGCAUCUUCUGAAAAAAAAGCUGUGUUGGUGCCAUCCCUCCCAUCAGGACAAGUGGGAACUGUUUCAGUGGAGUUUGUAGCUCCUAACAUAGAAGGAACAUACACCUCUCACUGGAGACUCUCACACAAAGGGGAACAGUUUGGGCCCAGGAUCUGGUGCAGUAUUGUUGUAGAUCCCUCCCCACCUACUGACUGUGUAGAAAUCAACUGGAAGGAUUCUGACUCCUCUCAGAAAGAUGCAGCUUCCAGCACCAAGCAGGAUGGUUCCUUAAAGACUGAAGCAAGUGCUCAACUAAUGGGUGAAAUCAUUGAGCAGACUGAAAUACCUCUGCCAGCUGUUCCUUUAAAGAUCAAAAAUCUGCCAAGUGAGAGAGAAUUUUAUAUCCCAUCUGUUGAUCUCCUCACUGCACAGGAUUUGCUGUCCUUUGAGCUGUUAGACAUUAAUAUUGUGCAGGAGCUGGAGCGAGUGCCACACAAUACUCCUGUGGAUAUGACUCCAUGCAUGUCCCCUUUGCCAUAUGAUAAUCCCUUGCUGGAGAAACCUGGCUUAGGUCAGAUAGAGGAGGAGAAUGAGGGAAGUGGAUUUAAACCAGUGCCUGGCACGUCAGAAUCCUGCUUUCCUGCAGACACUUGCAUGAUGAAAGUGAAAGCUGAACACCCACUGAACCAGGAGGAAGGUGAAGAAGAUAUGAGUGGGACUCAGUUUGUCUGUGAGACUGUGAUUCGUUCUCUCACCCUGGAUGCUGCACCUGACCACAAACCCCCCCAGAAAAAGAAAAUCCUCCAGAACUCUUCACAAACAUUGCAAGACACCCUCAGUUGCAAUAUGAUAAAUGAAGAAUCUCCUAGGAUAAAAACAAAUUCCACUCCCAAAAAUGAAGCAAAGAUGCAUCUGUCAGAAGCAGGGACAGAAAAUCACUGUGGGCACCUUCCAGUCUCUGAGAGAACAAACCCCUGUAGUGAUACCAGCAAUGUGGAUGAAGAGGAUGAUAAAGAUGAUAUUCAAAGUCAAGGCUCUUCUGCCUCAUCAGAAGAUUACAUCAUUGUUCUCCCUGAGUGCUUUGACACCAGUCGUCCCUUAGGGGAGUCCAUGUAUAGUUCAGCUCUGUCUCAGCCCAGUUUGGAAAAGACAGAACCUGAAACAGGAGCAGAGAAUCCAGAAGGGGGAAACCAGCCACAGAGCCACAGUGUCAGUGAUAUUUUCACAACCUCACAAACAUUGUCUGUGGCACCAUUAACCCCAGAGAUUGUGGACAUCCUGCCACAGACACAGAGGAAUCUUGCAUCUCUUCAGAAUCCUAUUUUCCAAGAACCAAACAUGCCAGCUGCAGAGAAUAGCUCCUGCACUCCUCAUAACCAAAUAAGAGAAGAACCCAGUGGAGAAGACAGCCAUGGACCAGGAUCUUCUGGGUUUCAGACAAGUAAACAGAAGUGCUCAGAAUACCCAAGAUACCCUCAAGGAAGCAGCAUUGCAGGAGAACUUGUUAAAGGAGCUUUGUCAGUUGCUGCUUCUGCCUACAAAGCAUUAUUUGCUGGACCACCCAUCAUAGAACAGCAGCCUAUAGCCACUGAAGAGCAUUCUGCCUCUCUCCUCUCCAGUCUGUGUGAGAUGGGAUUCUGUGACAGGCAACUCAACUUGCAGCUGCUGAAGAAACACAACAACAACAUGGUCCAAGUGGUAACUGAGCUGCUGCAGAUCAGUAACAGUGACUGGUACAGCAGGAAAUGCUGAACCUGGUUAGUGGAGGAGUAAAUUCUUAUUAAACACUGCAACAGGAGCAGGCUGCUGCUUGGCUGCUUUCUGGUUGAAGGUGUGACUAAAACUUUGGCUUUUCUUUGAGGUUUUUCUCAUGGAGAGGUCAAACAGUGCUUGUCACAUCAUCUGUUGAGUUGGAGACCAGAAUGUUAACUGUUACUGGGACCUCAUAGUUAAAUUAGUGGUCUCUAAGUCUCUAAUUUCAUACUGAAUCCUUUUAUCAGGGAAUCCUGUAGAAUUACUUUAAACUUCCACCCAGAUGAGAACUUUCCUUUUUAUUGUGUGUAAGAUUUAUUAUUUUUUUUUGUAGGCAGCUGGAAACUUCUUUUGUUGACUUAUAACAAGCUUUGGAAUAGGAACCCAUGUAAAAUGCUGCUGUAAAAUGUAGUCUUGCCUAAAAUACUAGAGAUACCCACAAUUAACAAUCUGAUUCUGUAAUUGGUUUGUCCAAUGUGUGGUAGGAAUGUAGCAGACUUAAACCUCACUAAUGAUUCUUAGAAGAAAGAAAAGUUGCUCACAUCUUGAACCAGCAAAGGACUUUGGAAAGUGUGGCCCCUGGUUAAACUGAGGAGUAGCAGGAAAUUCAGUGUUUCUUUGACAGAAUGAAGCAGGAGAAUGAAGCAGCAGCAACUGAACCACCUCUGGUAGUGGUAGAGCAAAAACAUCUCUAACAGGAAAACACAGCUUAAAAAUUGCAUAAAAUAAUUACAUAAAAUAAUUGGCUAAAGAUUGACUGAAAGCAAAGAAAAGGCCUUGCUAAGAAUCUUUACUUUGUAAAAACUGUUUGGAAAUCCAACCACUCGUUUUCCAGUGUUUUCUCUUUUCAAACCUCUUCUGUUAAUAGCACAUAGAAGUGAAAACUGUGUUGAAACUGAGACCUGAAUUGGACCACAGAUUCUGAUAAAGUUUAGGAAUGGGAAGAGUGCUUGAAACGGGUUGUGUGACUUCCUUUAGACUUUGGAAAAUGCAUCAACUUGACCAGUUUUAAGUGUAGAGUCUCCUGUGAUGGUUCUGCCUGCUCCCAUGUUUCCACAGACUCAGCUGUAGGAUUCGUUUCUCUCCCACGAUUUGGCUCUGGAUGCCCAGCUUUAAUUUGGAAAGAUAAAAAUUCCCUUCUGAAUGUGCUGAGAGAUUUGAUUCUGAAGAAUCAGGGGAAAUGAGCAACCAAACUGCUGAGCAGUGGCCAGACAUCACUCUUCUGAGUCCAGUCCUCUGGAGGUGGCAGCAGUGUUGCUGUGGUGUGGUUGGAUUUUAUUUUAUUUUCUUUUCCACAACCUUUUUUUCCUUGCUGCAGUCAGAAGAUUGAUCUGGAAAUGUUUUCUAACUGCUGCUUCAAACUCAUUUUGCCACAGUUGAAGCAGUCUCAGUAUUGUGACUGACCAGGUGAUCAGUAGUGGUCAUUUUUUUAAAAGACAAUACUCUUUAGAGAUAAGAUACCAUUAAAAUAAUUGAAGAAAAAAAAAAAUGUAUCAUACCAUUUCUGUUUUAAACCUAUUUUUAUAGAUUGAGGAAGAGAUACUCUUAAAGUUUAUUUUGAAAUACAGUAGAACUAUUUUGCAGUGUCUCCCAUCUCUCUCUACACCCAGACAACUCUGCUGUGGACCAGGUAAAGAUCUUUCUGUAACUUGAAACAACUAUUUGUGGUUUUUUUUCCCCACCUGAACUUCUGCACACUGUUUUUGAGUCCCUUUUGGCUUGUGCUGACUCUAGAAUGAGGAAAGGAUGUGGAUGAAGUGCCAUAGCAGGUGAAAUUUCUGAGCACAGUGUGGUUGUCUGCUUUGAUCUGGAACACCUGGCAGGACACAGCAGGUUCCUUCUCUGUGUAACUUCAUACUUAGGAUGUUGAUGUGUUCUGUAAAUUGAAAACAAAACUGAAAUGUUGGAGGAACACUUCAUGGUGGAUGGAGAUGUGAAGUGUGGAAUGCUGUUUUCUUUAGACUACUUUCUCCUAGAGUUUAGGUAAUGGAUGCUCAGGCUUCAGUUACAUUUCUGUUGGCUUUGUAUAUUUUGUUAAUGGUUGCACGGUGUAAUUUAUAAACUAUUCCCUAGUGCAGACACCAGCUCUGUGUCUUAUUUAGGGGGAGCACUUUACCCUCAGCUGUGAUGGGGGGAGGACCCGCCCUUCCCUCCCUACAAUAAAGUUCUUUAUCCCUC